GAGGAAUGCUGGACAUCCAAAGACGAGGGAGGCUGCAACACGCUUCUCCCCAGCCCCACACCUUGGGCCUCCUCCUUUUGCAACAUACAGAUGUCAGAAACUGAGCUGGAAAAGAUAAAAGUAAGAACAGCUGAGCAUUUUGAAAAUGAUAAAAAUAACAUUUCUUGGUUGAAGGAAGGAUUAUCCAGUUCAGUUAUAAAUCCUCUUGGAGAUUCUGAUACGCAACUCACAAAUGAAAAACAUGCAGAUGAGAAACCCAUUAAUGCUAUCGUUAUAAAUUCAGUAUCCGAAUUCAAUAUCACAGAUGGACCAGCCAAGGAAACCCCCAAUGAGAAAAAACUGUCAGAAUCCAGCACAUCACUGUCCUCCCUUGAAGAAUGCCAAACGAAAUUUUCCUACCUCCAAACUGAUACUUCAGUUCAUCGGAGAGACACUGAUGAGGAGUGCGCCUCCCUUAUCCUCACCUGUCUGUUUUGUCAGUUCUGGGACUGUCUUCUGAUGCUCCCCAACACGUGCGAAGUAGUGUGUACCAACCUGUGCUGCCCCUCUCACCCGUAUCGCCACGCCACGGAUGAAAACCCCUCUCGGAAUGAUUGCAACUGCAACUGUGACGUGGACUGCAGCCUUUUUGAAUCUUGCCACGAGACCAGCGAGUGUCUGGAGCUGGCCAUGGAGAUUUCAGAAAUCUGUUACCGCUAGCACGAUGAAGUCACCGCGUGCCGGCAGGCCUUUGGCCACGGUGGGAAAUUCCAUUACGAUAAGACUGUGAUUUCCAUGUGCUGAAAUGUAAGGACCGUACACAUUUCUUGGAUGCUCUAGGCCAUUUUAUUCUGCACCUGUCUGGGAAAGCUAGUAUUGUCAACUCAAUGGUCUUGUUCCAAAUUUCACAACCGCAUGGCUCGCUGAAAAAUAAGAUUUUUUUGAUCACAUGGAGGAGCAAAUCUUAAAUACCUCUUAAAUGCCAUAGGUACAAGAUGUUUCUUGACUAUCAAAUAGCAUGCUAACUCACACUGUGUUCCUGCACUCAUCAGCUUGCAUCAUGGAGUCAGCCUCAUUCACAAAUUCAGGACAAAUUAGUGCAUUCUUUUAGCAUUGACAUACAUUAGCUCAUCUUUCUAAUGGACUCAUGCAUAAACAUUAUGCAUUGUUGGUUAUUAUUAAUAAUGUAUAACAUCAUUUUGUAAUUAAAAAUUUAUUUAUGCAGUCUCUUAAAAUUCACUUCUAUGUACAGUUUAGGUAGGAAAGGGAAUUAAAUGAAUUAGAAACCAUGUUCCUAUAAUUACAACAGAUGUCUCUAAAACAUCUCCUGUGAAUUUUGAAUAUGGUAUACUUCAGGAGAGUACAAGAAUUCUAAACCGUAUCAUUACACGUCUAUGACUAUGUCAUAACAGGUUAUGCACAUUCCUCAUUUGUUACCGAAAGGCUCUUCUUUAUUCUAAUAAGCAUAAAUGGGAAUUAUGUGACCCCAGAUAAUCAAUUCUUCAUUUUCCUCAUUUCUAUUUGUCAGGUCCAAUAAGCAACAGGAUAUUAAAACAGAAUCAGUUCAUUUUACUAAACUAUCAUUUGUGUAGGCACCCAAAGGAAAUACACAUGCAGGUACUUGUUCAGCACCAAGUUUCCUAACACAGCAGAUACUUCGUAAACCAUAUUUUUUCUUUUUCUAGUAAUUAAAGUAAUUAAUAACUAUAUUGAGCACUUCUUCAUACUUAGCUUUUUUUUGAAAAAAAGAUGUGAUAUAUACUAGAAAGAGAUUUUUAACUCAAAUAAGUUAAAACAAUUUGUGGGGAAAAUAAAUCUAGGUUGAGGUUACUUUGGAAUCUUCUUCAAUGCUUCCUGUGGGCAUGAUUCUAUAGUUGCUAGGCAAAUACAUUGCUCAUUAAUCUGUGCCUAUAUAUUCCCAUGGAUAUAUCUCAAUAUAUUCACUGAAUAUUAAAAAAGCAUAAUGUACCAAUAACAAAACAAAGAACAGAAAAGUGAAAUGGAGAAUUAAGGGAAUUUUUUGUGACCUAGGGAAACAGCAACAACAAAAACCUCCAAACUACCUGUUUUUUCCCUGACUUAGGUAAUUUUAGGCAAAAGCAACAUUCGUUUUAUUUCUGCAGUAAACUAGCACAUUUUUCUAAUCUGAGAUAAAUUCCCCCAAACAUUGAAAACUAUUACUCUUACAAAAUACAUUUUUAAGCUGCUUCUAAAAAAAUAUUUAACUGCUCUUGACUUGCUUCUGACAUCACGGCAGGCAUAUCCAUGGUUAAUGCCAGCUUCAUUCCUGUUUGACCACCAUGUCAUUCACAAACAACAGAGCAUGAGAGAGCCCCACACCGUCUAUGAAUCACUUCAAUCUCACUGCUUUCCAGAUGCUCAAAGAGAUAGCUCUAGAAUUUAUGCAUAGGACGUGUAGAUUAUAGAGGAAAAACAAAGUAGUUUCUUAGAACAGGAAGGGAACUUAGGGCUGUUCUUAUCCAACAUUCUCAUGUUUCGUAAGAGAAAACAGGCCCCAAGAACUGACUUAUCCAAGACCACACAGUGAGUUAAUGGCAGUGUGAGGAACUCUAGCGCAGGGUCUAAUUUUCUGACUGCACUGCACUACUCCAUAGUUCUUCACUUCCUAUUCCAGCUGGUACACGGUGGUACAGCUGUUCCAAUUGUUAAAAUACUAAAAUACUACCAGACUGGCUCAUAAACAGUUGCUCCUUGGACCUCUUUAGAGCUUUCUUCAUGUCCUGACCACCCUGGCCCCCUCUCUGAGGACCCUGCUGAUGGUCUAGCAACUAAAGGAGGAAUACUUGGACCUGCAGGGGAGGGAGGGCUCCGGAACCCUAGCCCAUUAGUAUGGUACCUGGUGUCAUUGGCCAGGCAGUGCCAUAUUGGUGUUAAAUAUUUUGACCAUCAUUCCCUCAUUCUUUUUAAUCUACAAACCCUCAAAUUAUGUAAAGAUGGCACAUUUCAAAUGUGAAUUGAAUGCUUAUCAAUUAGAGACAUAAAAAUCACCAGGUCUUAUUUUAUAAUGCGGUCAGAAUAUUAGAAGAUCUUUCUGUGGCCUCGCUUUCCACGGUUCGUUAACUUUGUUCCUCACUCUCAGAAUUCACCAUGCUAUAACAGAAAGGGUCGGUUAUACAAAGUGUGAAAUUUCUUUUCUUUAUAACCCAUAAUAAAACAUCAUCCUUUUUGCAAACA